ACCUGGGAGAGUUGGGAGAGCGAUUGUUUGGGCGCGCGGGGCUCGCGCAGCGGGACCAGAGCUGAGUGGUGCUAGGCGCUGAGCCGUUCAGAGCGGUGCAGAAGCGAGCGGAGCGGGGCAGAGCCGUGCAGGGAGUGGAGCAGAACCGUGCACGGAGCGGGGCAGAGCUGUGCAGGGAGUGGAACAGAGCCUUGCACAGAGAGGAGCGGGACAGAGCCGUGCAGGGAGCUGAGCCGUGCACAGCCGAGGGGAGAGGCGAGCGGUGAGCCGUAAGCGCUGCAAAGUGGAGCCGUGUGCGGAGCGGCGCUGAGCCCAGUUGUGCAGCGCCCGGCCCCGGGCCGAGCUGCGCCGUGCACCGAGCGGAUCGGAGCUGAGCCGAGCCCGCUUGCUGCCAAGAGAGGAGAGGCGUGCGUGCCCGACGGACGGGCCGGAGCCGAGGGCUUGCGCGGGGAGCGAGACGAUGCCCGGGGCAGCUGGGCAGCUGCGGGGCUGAGCCACUUGUGCUGGGGGCCCUGUCGGCCGCAGGAAGAGGACGAGGACCGGGGCUCGCCCGCCCGGUUUGCCGCAGCUCUUGCUGGGGGCGAGCCUGCCCGGAUGGGCGCGGACUGCCCCCCUGCUCGGACCGGUGGGCUAGUUAAGCGGCGAGGCCACUGAAGCAGCCCGGGGAGGAAGAAGAAGCGGAGGAAGAGGAGGAGGAGGAGGGCGCGGAUCCCGCCCCCGCGUCCAGCUUUGCUCACUCGGACUCCGGGCACUCCGGCCCGGCCACAAAACUUGCGUCCGGCGGCGAUGCUGGGCGCCUAGCGCCGAGGGGUCGAGCCGCGGACCCCCCAGCCGCCAGCUCCAGACUUGUGCCUACGCUCCCCCGCGAGCCCCCCGAAGCUCCCACCGGCCGCCCCCACCCCGCCGGGUCGGACCGGACCGCGCCGGAGCCAAGAUGGCGGGGCGCAGUUGGGGAGGCCCCGGGGCCCCGUGGUGGCCGCUCCCCCGCCUGCUACUGGCCCUCGGUUUGCCGCUGCUACUGGCCGAGGCCGCCCCGGGGCCCGACGCGCCCUGUGCCUCUAACUGCACUUGCACCGGGACCCUUGUGGACUGUAGCGGGCUGGGACUGGCCGCGCUGCCCGAGGGGAUUCCCGCCUGGACCGUCACGCUAAACCUGAGCAACAACAAGCUGACGGAGAUCGAUCCUGCUGCUUUUGAGGACUUGGUGAACCUACAGGAAGUGCACUUGAAUAAUAAUGAGCUGAUCAUCAUCCCUUCCCUGGGUGCUGCCUCCUCCCGCAUCUUGGCCCUCUAUCUGCAACACAAUAAGAUCCGCAGUGUGGAAGGCAGCCAGCUGAAACCUUACAUUUCCUUGCAAACCCUGGACCUGAGUUCCAAUAACAUCACUGAAGUACGAAGCACUUGUUUUCCUCAUGGACUGCACAUAAAGGAACUCCACCUGGGAAACAACCGCAUCAGCAACCUGGAGCCGGGAGCGUUUGACGGCCUCUCAAGAUCCCUGCUGACCCUCCGCCUGAGCAAAAACAGGAUCACCCAGCUCCCCGUCAAAGCGUUCAAGUUGCCCCGGCUGACUCAACUAGAGCUGAACCGGAAUCGAAUCCGACUGAUCGAGGGGCUGACAUUCCAAGGGCUCGAUAAUUUGGAUGUUUUGAAGUUGCAACGUAAUAACAUCAGCAAGCUGACAGAUGGGGCUUUCUGGGGUCUGUCCAAGAUGCAAGUAUUGCACCUGGAGUACAACAGCCUGACAGAAGUGAACAGUGGCUCACUCUACGGGCUCACUGCCCUGCACCAGCUCCACCUGAGCAACAACUCGAUAUCUCGCAUUAACCGGGACGGCUGGAGCUUCUGCCAGAAGUUACAUGAACUGAUCCUGUCCUUCAACAACCUCACCCGGCUUGAUGAGGAGAGCCUGGCUGACCUGAGCAGCUUACAGAUCUUGCGUCUCAGCCACAAUUCUAUCAACCACAUUGCAGAAGGCGCCUUCAAGGGGCUCAAAAACCUGAGGGUCUUAGAUCUGAACCAUAACGAGAUUUCAGGGACAAUAGAAGACACCAGUGGGGCAUUUACGGGACUAGACAGCCUGAACAAGCUGACUCUGUUUGGAAACAAGAUCAGAUCCGUGGCCAAGAGAGCGUUCUCAGGACUGGAGGUCCUGGAGCACCUGAACCUUGGAGAGAAUGCAAUAAGGUCCAUCCAGUUUGAUGCUUUUGCUAAGAUGAAGAAUCUUAAAGAGCUCCACAUCAACAGCGACAGUUUCCUAUGUGACUGCCAGCUGAAGUGGGUACCACAGUGGUUAAUGGGCAGAGGCCUCCACACCACAGUUGAGGCCACCUGUGCUCACCCAGAGUCCCUGAAGGGCCAGAGCAUCUUCUCCGUGCCGCCAGAGAGUUUUGUGUGUGAUGACUUUCCAAAGCCACGGAUCAUCACCCAGCCGGAGACAACCGUGGCAGUGGUGGGCAAGGACAUCCGCUUCACGUGCUCAGCCGCCAGCAGCAGCAGCUCGCCGAUGACUUUUGCCUGGAAGAAGGACAAUGAGGUCCUCUCCAACGCCGACAUCGAGAACUUUGCCCACGUUCGGGCACAGGCAGGGGAGGUCAUGGAGUACACCACCAUCCUACAUAUCCGCCAGGUCACAUUCCGCCAUGAGGGACGGUACCAGUGCGUGAUCACCAACCACUUUGGCUCCACCUAUUCUCACAAGGCCCGGCUCACAGUGAAUGUGUUGCCCUCGUUCACGAAGAUGCCCCAUGACAUUGCCAUCCGCACGGGCACCACCGCGCGCCUGGAAUGUGCUGCCAGUGGACACCCCAACCCCCAGAUCGCCUGGCAGAAGGACGGUGGCACUGACUUCCCAGCUGCCCGGGAGCGCCGCAUGCUCGUCAUGCCAGACGACGUUGUUUUUUUCAUCACUGAUGUGAAGAUUGAUGACAUGGGAGUCUAUAGCUGCACGGCCCAGAAUUCAGCUGGCUCAGUGUCGGCCAAUGCCACCCUCACGGUCUUAGAAACUCCAUCCUUAAUGAUUCCCUUAGAAGAUCGUGUGGCAGCUGUUGGAGAAACUGUGGCUCUGCAGUGCAAAGCAAGUGGAAGCCCCCCACCCCGUAUCACUUGGCUAAAGGGUGACCAGCCUGUGAGCAUCACUGACCGCCACCACUUCACUCCUGGGAACCAGCUGCUGAUUAUCCAGAGUGUGGUGCCGGAGGAUGCCGACAGGUACACGUGUGAGAUGUCAAACGCCUUGGGCACUGAACGAGCCCACAGCCAGCUGAGCGUCUUACCUAUGCCAGGCUGCAGGAAAGACGGAACCACCGUGGGCAUUUUCACCAUUGCGGUGGUGUGCAGCAUUGUGCUGACGUCGCUGGUCUGGGUCUGCAUCAUCUACCAAACGAGGAAGAAGAGCGAGGAGUACAGUGUGACCAACACAGAUGAAACCAUUGUACCACCUGAUGUCCCAAGUUACCUGUCUUCUCAGGGGACGCUCUCAGACAGACAAGAAGCAGUGGUCAGGACCGAGGCUGGCCAUCAGGCCAACGGACACAUAGAAAGUGAUGGUGUGUGUCAGAGAGAUGCAGGACUGAAUCCAGAUGUUGACAUCCACGGGCCUGCUUAUAGGCAGCCAAAACUAUGUAUAAGCCAUAAUAAAGAAGUGUGGAAAGCAGCAGAUGGAACAUUUAGUCCAGAGAAAACAGAAUAUGGGAUGCCAGCUGUUUGUAAUGACUUCAAUGAUGUCACCAGUUAUUCCAAGGACAAGGACUCCUAUCCUCUGCAUGAUACGCAUCCAAGCACACGGGGUAGCCAAGAGCCCAGUAAGAAUGAACAAGAAUACCCCCUGUUGCAUCAGGAAGUCUCACCCCAGAGUGAUGGAGCUCUCGCUGACUCACACCCAGAGGGUAGUAGAAACUCUCUCUACCCCAGUAACCAUGAUAGAAUGCCGGUAUCUGGUGUCCAGAAGCCAUCGCCUCUUGACCACAACGGAGGCUCUUUAAACGAUUUAGGCAAAGCUUCUGAGUCUGAGUCUGUUGUCUUGCACCCUUUGUCUUUGGGGACGAGAGGGGUGGCACUCACGGGAGCUUCCAAUGCCUCCUCCAGCUUCCCAGAACUCACUGGCAAUGAGGCCCAGACCAAGCCUUCUCUUCCCAAUGGACACUUGCCCAAGCCCCGUGACUCCAGUCAUGAGUCUGCAGCACUGCGAGGAAGCUUCCACGUACAGAGAAAUGUGCCAUUACUAUUUGUACCAAAUAUCUAGGUCAUGGCUACCUCAACCCGUGAACGCUCAUGAGUCUUGCACAGGAAAGAGAGGUCUGAGACACGCAUCCCUGAAAUUGGACAGAAUUGAAAACUUCCGUGGGGAGUAUCAGGAGUUUGGAAGUGGACUUGCGUCUGAAGCACACACAUGCAAAAGACAUAUUAUGUACAAAAGGAAGACAAAAGUAUUUGAUACAACUGUACAUAAGAGUUUUCAUAUAUAUAUAUAUAUAUUAUAUAUAUAAAUAUAUCUUUUACAGAGGCUAUUUUAAUCUUUAGUGCAUGAUGGUUAAAGGAGUGAAAUCUUACUGUUUUCCAUACCAGGUUGCUGUUAAAUUUUUUUGGGGAAAAUAAUCCUGGUGCCUUAAUGCAUGAAUGAAACUUGGCAUAAGUGAAAACCACAUUUGUUUCAAAGUAUUGAUUGGAUUGUUGAGCACCAAUCUCCCUUACCUUGUAUUGCACAUUGGGAGAGUCCAAUGGAAAGGACGACACUUGAGUAACCGAGCUGGUAGGGCCCAGCAGCUGCCCUGUGACUCACUAGAGAAGGAUGAACGCAUCCUGUUCAGUUAGAGGCCAUUUAUGUCUUGUUUCUAAAUGCUGUAGCCCAUCUUAGGGGCAACCCCCUUACACAUAGAUAGAUAAGCAUGACACAGCGUAUAGAAUGAAGAAGGGAAUCACUAGGGCCAACAGUUCAUGUCUUUUACUGAGUGUGUACACACACACACACACACACACACACGCACACAAAAAUCACAAAGGCCACCAGUGAAAUGUCCCUGCCUUUCAUCGUAAUCAGAAGUACCCAAAUUGGUCUCUAGCAAGUAGAUCCUUGAGUAAGUGGGCUGUUUGGUUUCCAAGUUCACCGGAAAUAAAACAAAUGUGGUGUAAUAGAUCAGUAUCUUUAUGAUUUCAAUAUGAAUAUUUUUUAUUUAUAUAAAGGCUGCUUCGGUUGGUGUUGGUACCUGUGGAUGAUUUUUCACUAUUUUAAUUUUAGUUUUGCUAAUAUAAGAUUGGGCAGCUAGGUGGGCACAGUGGAUGGGGUGCUGGAACUGGAGUCAGAAAGACUCCAUCUUCCUGAGUUCAAACCUGGCCUCAGACACUUGCUAG